AUGAAGUCCAUUCUCCUCCUCGCCGCCGCCGCGCCCCUAGCCCUAGCCUGGCUGCCGGAUGGCAAAGUCCGCGGCGUCAACCUAGGCAGCCACUUCAUCUUCGAGCCCUGGAUCUCCAACAGCGCCUGGAGCGAUCUCGGCUGCAGCGGGCAGAACUCGGAAUUCGACUGCGUGCUGAAACUCGGCCAGGAUGCCGCGGACAAGGCCUUUGCCAGCCAUUGGGGGUCGUGGACCACACAGGAUGAUAUCAGCCAGAUGCGCGAGUAUGGGCUCAACACAGUGCGCAUUCCUGUCGGGUACUGGAUUAAAGAGGAUCUGGUGGAUAAAGAUUCAGAGCAUUUCCCGCGCGGGGGGUUGAAGUAUCUCGAGGAUGUUUGUGGGUGGGCGAGUGAUGCGGGGAUGUAUAUCAUUAUGGAUUUCCACGGUUUGCCUGGUGCGCAGGAGGCUGAGCAGCCGUUUACGGGGCAGUACGCCGACACCCCCGGCUUCUAUAACGACUACCAGUACGGCCGCGCGUUGGAGUGGCUCGAGUGGAUGACCAAGACCGUCCACCAGAACGACAAGUUCCGGAAUGUCGGCAUGAUCGAGCUUGUUAAUGAACCUGUCCAGGAUGCAGGCCAGGCGUCGAGCAUGCGUUCCAGCUACUACCCUGAUGCCUUCAAGCGCAUCCGCGACACCGAAACCUCCCUCUCCGUCUCGUCAGACAGCUAUCUGCACGUCCAAAUGAUGAACGAGAAAUGGGGCUCCGGCGACCCUACCGAGUCUCUAUCCGACACUUCGCACGCCGCAUACGACGACCACCGGUACCUAAAAUGGGACUCCAGCGUCGAGGUCAACAAGGACAGCUAUAUCAGCGCCUCGUGUAGCGACGACCGCGGCGGGAAUACACCUACCAUCGUUGGCGAGUGGAGUCUGAGCGUUCCCGACGAUGUGGAGGGUUCUUCGGACUGGGACCCUGAGAGUAAUACAGACUUCUAUGCGAAGUGGUUUGCGGCGCAGGUGAUUGCGUAUGAGAAGCAGCUUGGAUGGGUGUUUUGGACUUGGAAGGCGGAGUUGGAUGAUUAUCGGUGGUCUUAUAAGGAUGCUGUGGAUGCUGGUGUUAUUCCUAAGGAUUUGGAUAGCAUCCAUGACAACUCGCCUUGCUAA